AUGCCCACGGCCGGUGAUUUUCCGUUGUUGUUUGUCGCGCUUGAACGAAUUACGCCACGAACUGAAUCGCCGUCUCUAACGGCAUCGCUCAGUCGCUUGAGCUGCUCGAUCAUCGUCAACUGCGACAUUCGCCAGGAAUUCCAGGGUCGUAAUUGCUCUACAGAAAAGGCUCUGUUUCAUGAGCCGAACGCAAAGACAUCGCCUGGUGGUUCAUUGAACGAUGAGACGCCGGUGUGGUUUCUGCCCCGACGAUUGCUCGAUGAAAGAGCCGAGAAGCCAGUUGAAGAGCUUCUACCCUAUCUCAAAACCGCCCCAGAUCAAUAUAGUGAUACCAAUGGCACUGGGGGAGCAGACCAGGGUCCAAACCGACAUUUUCGUCGCCUGGUUGUACCUGAGCUAGCGGCGCGAGGUGAUCGGUCGAUUCUUUUCCCAGGACACAUUCAUUCGGCAUUCACACCAUUUACAGCAGAGCUUCAAGCGCUUUGGAGAGUGUCAUGGAUGCUUGGAUUGCGUGACCUUCCUCCCAAAGAAGAAAUGGAGUUCGAAGCCGCGACUUUCAACGCUUGGACAAGGAAGCGAUACCUCGAACAGUGCAGGAAGCAUUCGUAUUUCAUAUACGACUACAUUCCGAUUUGGGGCUCAACCCAUUCCGCACAAGCAACAUUUUCGAAGAAUGGUUUGUCCGGUAUAAACCAAGCGACUAUCGCACUAUUCUAG